AUGGAGGCUGUACAAAAGGAUUACUGGUACUUCUUGGUACUCCUCAUCUGUCUCCUUUUUCCCAAAGAUGCUGUCGCGGUAAAGGCACCGAGUACCACCGUUAAACUGGAGGAGGGAAUGAUUUUGGACUGUGUGUGUCCCUGGAGUGGAAACCUCAGCAUGGUCUCCUGGAUUAAGCGACCCGGUUCAUCUCCCAUGGCCAUUUACCAUCCUGAAUUUGGCAUGAAUUUCAGCCCUGACUAUGAUGGCAGGGUAGAGUUUAUCAAAGCCUCACCCAUGGAUGGCAGUAUCUCCAUUACUAACGUCACUGAAAAGGACCUUGGUCUUUACCACUGCUCUAUGCAGACUUUUCCUCACGGGUCAUGGACAAAAGAUACAGUUGUGGAAAAUAUAGUCAACAUUUUCACUAUUAAGCCUGAUUCUGUGGUCCUUGUUGAGGAGAGUGGCAAUUUCACUAUAAAGUGCAACCACGUACACAAUGGUACUGUGUACAGCGUGACCAUAGAGAAACUGGUGGAGGGCAGCAGUAGCAUCGUAGCAGUAUGUCGGGCAAAGGAUGGGGACGUGAGCUCGGAAGAAAACUACGCUGAGAGAGUUUGGGUCAACUGUAGUGAUGCUAUGGAUGUCAGUCUACACCUCACAGAUGCCACACAAGACGACCAGGGACUUUACCAAUGUCACUUCAGGACGGACUUGGGGACUCAAACAACAGCUGUCUUAGUGACAACUGUGUCAGCUCAAGAUCUCAGGAAUCAUCCAAUGCUCUAUAUCUAUAUUGGAGGUGCAGUCUCAGGAAUCGUUGUUAUUCUGACUGUGACCUGGAUACUGAUUUUUUUGUACAGGAAAAAAAAGAGAGAGGAGUGUAAAAUAAAACUUCACCCCAGAAGACAGCCGAACAACACUUACGUGCAGGGCACUGUCUAUGACCGAAUGAAAAAGGGACCCAGGCUUCAUAGAAGGGAUAGUCCUGUGUAUGGAAACAUACCAAAUCCAAGAUUUCACAAAAAGGGCAAGAGAUGA